GGUGGUUUCGGCGGCGGAAUGAACGGUGGAUACAUGGGAGGGUACGGUGGAUUUACCGGUGGAAAGAAAUUCGGCGGCUAUGGAGGUGGAGCCGGAGGAUAUGGUGGCAUGUCCGGCGGUUAUGGUGGCGGAUUCGGUGGUGGCAUAUCCGGCAGUUAUGGAGGCGGAUUCGGUGGUAGCAUGUCCGGCGGUUAUGGUGGCGGAUUCGGUGGUGACAUGUUCGGCGGUUAUGGAGGUGGUUUCGGCGGAAGAGGCCGAUAUUGCAAAUGCGCUCCACGAUGCAACAAAUGGCAGAAGUUUGUCGGCCGAUGUCCAUGGUGCAAGAAGGGCUGCAAGCUGGUGUUCUGUUGCAACCGCGGUAAAAUGUAAACUCUCUGAUGUAAGUUUUCACCUGGAUAUGCUCGCGUUUCGCAAACAGUAUGCUUAAUUUGGAGUCAUAUCGAAACUUUAUGACUAGAGCUAU